AUGGGGAUAAUGAUGAUGGUGUUUGGUAUUCUUCUGAUCAUCGUUUGCAUCUGCUCUGCUCUUCUACGAUGGAACCAGAUGCGAUACUCCAAGAAAGGUCUCCCCCCUGGAACCAUGGGCUGGCCAGUUUUUGGUGAAACCACCGAGUUUCUCAAACAAGGACCAGAUUUCAUGAAGAACCAGAGACUCAGAUACGGGAGUUUCUUUAAAUCUCACAUUCUUGGUUGCCCAACAAUAGUCUCAAUGGACGCAGAACUCAACAGAUACAUUCUAAUGAACGAAUCGAAAGGACUAGUCGCUGGCUACCCACAAUCGAUGCUCGAUAUACUCGGGACAUGCAACAUCGCCGCGGUUCACGGCCCUAGCCAUCGGCUCAUGAGAGGCUCAUUGCUCUCUCUAAUAAGCCCGGCUAUGAUGAAAGACCAUCUCUUGCCUAAGAUUGAUGAUUUCAUGAGAAGUUAUCUUUGUGGUUGGGAUGAGGUCGAGACGGUUGAUAUCCAAGAAAAGACCAAACAUAUGGCAUUUUUAUCGUCCUUGUUACAAAUAGCAGAGACUUUGAAAAAAUCAGAGGUUGAAGAAUAUAGAACAGAGUUCUUCAAGCUUGUUGUAGGAACUCUUUCGGUCCCGAUCGAUCUCCCGGGAACACAAUAUCGCUGCGGAAUCCAAGCAAGAAACAACAUCGAUAGGUUAUUGACAGAGCUGAUGCAAGAACGAAGAGAGUCUGGAGAAACUUUCACAGACAUGUUAGGUUACUUGAUGAAGAAGGAAGAUAACCGAUACUUGUUAACUGAUAAGGAGAUAAGAGACCAAGUAGUAACAAUCUUGUAUUCGGGUUAUGAGACGGUCUCCACAACUUCCAUGAUGGCUCUUAAGUAUCUCCAUGAUCACCCUAAAGCUCUUGAAGAACUUAGGAGAGAACAUUUGGCUAUUAGAGAAAGAAAACGACCUGACGAACCGCUCAAUCUCGACGAUAUUAAAUCGAUGAAAUUCACUCGAGCUGUGAUCUUUGAGACAUCAAGAUUGGCAACAGUUGUUAACGGCGUCCUGAGGAAAACUACUCACGACUUGGAACUCAACGGGUAUCUAAUCCCAAAAGGUUGGAGAAUUUACGUAUACACAAGAGAGAUUAACUAUGACACAUCUCUGUAUGAUGAUCCUAUGAUCUUUAACCCAUGGAGAUGGAUGGAAAAGAACUUGGAAUCAAAGAGCUAUUUCUUACUCUUUGGAGGUGGAGCAAGACUUUGCCCUGGAAAGGAGUUAGGAAUCUCUGAAGUCUCGAGCUUCAUUCACUACUUUGUUACAAAAUACAAAUGGGAAGAGAAAGGAGGAGAUAAAUUAGUAGUGUUUCCAAGAGUAUCUGCACCAAAAGGAUACCAUCUUAGGGUUUCACCUUACUGA